CUGAAGCAACAAAUAGCAAUGCUAUGUGAUGUUUUCAAUACGGAACUUGGACAAAAUAUAGAAUCAGUCGAGGAUAGAAUAAACAAGGCGCUGUCAAAAAUGUUUGACUUCAAACAAGAAAUCGUUAAACAGUUAGAGGAUUUGCAUGAAGUGCUCGUGUCACAAAUCCACGAUGUACAACAGCGUAGUCUUCAAGUGUUGGAAAAAGUUGAGCAACAUUCGCUAUCCGAUAUUGACGCUCAGAUCAAGGAGAUUGAUAAGCUUCGUGCUCGUGUCAGUGCCAUACUGGCAAACUCGGCAGACUUAGAAAAGGAAGGAGAUAUUGGAAACCUGGUCAAAAUUGAUACCGAAAUAACGCACCUUCAAAAGGACAUUGAAUCCGCAGAAGCGAAAGUCGCCGCCUUAAAGUCAAAUAAUGUGACUAAGGAUAGACUUACCCUGGAAAGUCUCAAAAUUAAUCUAGCCUACAAAAACGUAUGUUUUGCACAAUAUUACACGACAUUUCUUUCUAAUUGA